AUGAAUUCGGCAUCUAGGAGAGGCGGCGGCGUAUGGGAGGGUUUGUACAGAGUGAUUAUGCGCCGGACUCCGGUCUACGUCACAUUCGUCGUCGUCGGCGCUUUUCUCGGUGAACGCGCUGUUGAUCAUGGGAUUCGUAGUCUAUGGGACCACGUCAAUGUUGGGAAACGAUAUGAGGAUAUUCCGGUUCUUGGACAGAGGCAAUCUGAGGAAUGA